GAGCAAGAAGCCGAAAUUACGUUUUUGGUCACAGCAUGGCUCGAAGCUUUGAAUUCGGCCGAUCGCGCCAGGGCACCACCUGUUCCACUCGCGGUCAGACCCCCCGGCCGACGUGGCAUGACGCUGAGUGAGAAGAUCUUUGCGCUGCACGAUAUUGACCGGAGGGGAUCCGUAGCACCUGGAGAGUUGAUCCGGGUUGAUGUCGACUGGGUCAUUGCUUCUGAGGCCUCAUGGCAGGGCAUGGAACGAACAUAUGAGCGUCUCGGGAAGCCUGGAAUCUACCGGAAUGAUCGGUUCUGGCUAGCGGGUGAUCAUGUCGUGGACCCCCGGGUGAAUGAAAACCCCAAAGUUAAGGCAUUGAUUGACGCCAGCGAAAGGGCUAAGCGCGUCUUCAAGAUGACCGACUAUCAGGGCAUGAACUAUACGAUUCUUCAUACCGAGUUCUACCGCGAACGAGCUCAGCCGGGCAUGGUGGUCGUGGGUUCCGAUUCCCAUACCUGUUCGUCUGGAGCAUUAGGCUGUCUGGCCAUUGGGUUGGGAGCAGCCGACGUGACUCUUCCGUUAGUGACGGGAGAGACGUGGUUCAAGGUCCCUGAAUCGGUCAACAUUCGUCUAGUCGGUGCUCCUAAACCCGGGAUUGGUGGGAAGGACACUAUUCUGUACAUUCUGCAACAGCUGAAGCGGAACACUGUGGCCGCGGAUCGGAUCGUCGAGUUCACCGGGCCAGGAGUUAAGCAUCUUUCUUGCGAUGCUCGGUUUGCCAUUAGCAACAUGACCACAGAAUUUGGCGGAAUUACCGGUGUUUUCGUGCCCGAUGAAAUUACGAACGAAUUUAUCCAGAAGCGACGCCUGCCCCGACACAAAAACACCAGCGUCUACUUCAAACCCGACGAUGAUGCCGAGUAUGCCGAAACCCAUGAGAUAGACCUUGGCGAGGUGCGGUCUUUCCUGGCCAAGUAUCCAAACCCCGACGAUGUCGUUUCUGUCACCGAGCAGGAAGGAAUGCAUUUGGAUGGGUGCUUUAUUGGUGCUUGCACCACUGCCGAAGAGGAUCUGAUUCUCGGGGCUCUUGUGCUGGAACAAGGGCUCCAGCGUGGUAUGAAGCCAGUUUCUCAGGGGAAGAGAAAAGUUGUUCCGGGCUCGGUACCUAUCCUACACAGACUUCGUGAGCUAGGUCUUGCACGGAUCUACGAGGAUGCUGGAUUUGAGAUCGGCAUUCCGGGAUGCAGUUACUGCGUCGGCAUGUCGGCCGACCAGGCUGGGCCGGGAGAAGUCUGGAUCUCGUCGCAGAACCGCAACUUUGAGAACCGUAUGGGCAAAGGGUCCAUCGGCAAUCUUGCAUCCGCUGCCACAGUUGCUGCUUCGUCGUUUGAGAUGAAGCUGAAAGACCCGCAUGAAUUUCUCGAAACCAUCGAUCUGGAAAGAUGGCAUACCCUCCGUGGUAUUACUGUAUCUGCAACAGACUCUACACAAGAACAUAUUUCCUAUAUGGAACCUAGUGGCUCCGCGACCGCAGAAACGAAGAACGCCGGCCCGACAGAUGUAAAGUCGUCAGAGGUGGAUACUUCAGAGACAGCAGACAGCUCUUCAUCCGACGUGAUGACAGGCAAAGUGCAGCGCCUGGGUGAUUUCAUCGAUACUGAUGCCCUGGCUCCUGCCCAAUUCCUUAUCGGCAUGUCAGACAAUAAGAUCGCAGGCCAGCACUGCCUUGAGCACACCCACCCCGAAUUUCGCCAGCGCGUCAAAGACGGGUUCAAUAUUGUCGUGGCAGGCAAAGCAUUUGGAUGUGGAUCGUCCCGCGAACAGGCAGUUAUGGCGCUCCUGGGCUGCGGCGUCCAGUGUGUCAUCGCCAAGUCAUACUCCUUCAUCUUCCAGCGUAACAUGCCCAGUCUGGGUCUCUUGGGCAUCACUCUGACCGACGAAGCAUUUUACGACGUUGCUCAAGAUGGCAACGAGAUUUCCAUCGACUUCAAGACCAAGGUCAUCGACGUGGAUGGGAAGCAGUUCGGGUUUCAGUUGAGUCAGAUGGAGCGGGAGCUCUUUCAGCAUGGCGGUAUCGCGUCGGCGUUCCAAAAAUUUGGAAACCGGCUUUUUGAGCAGAUGACCAGACCAAAGAAUCUGGGGAGUGCGAAGUCACUUGCGCUGCGUGGAAGUGGGGAGAGUGCUGGCCCGCAUGCAGGAUUGCAGUGGUAAUAGCUUGCUAUCGUGGAGAUGGUCUUCUGUAAAUAAGAAGUAGCUUUACUCUUAGGAUAUUCGUUAUGCAUGAC